AUGUGUGUGCUUGUGCAGGAUGUGGCAUCCGGCGUCACGCUGGGGUGCGUGUUGUUCGCGCAGUCGCUGGCUCAUGCUGCCCUGUCUAAGGUGAGCUUGAUCACCGGACCAUACAGUUGCCUCGUGCCUCCCGUGCUCUACUCUCUCUUCGGCACAUGUGUUCAGGCCUCUGUGGGAACAGGCGGCCUUGUAGCCUUGCUUACGGGCGAGCAGCUUGGGCAAGUCUCAGGAGGUGAAGAGAGGCGGACGCAUGCUAGUGCCAUUUUCACUCUGGAAGUCGGGCUUGUCAUAGGCUCUAUGGGUGUUUUUCAGCUGGCUUUCCUGGUGCGAUUUCUUUCCAAACCUGCUCUAAGUGGCUUCAUCACCGCCAGCGCGAUACUUAUCAUCCUUUCCCAAAUCAAGCCGGCAAUCGGCUUGCCGAAGACAGAUGUUGGAGGAAUCUUUGACAUCAUCUUGACGCACCCAAAGGAGAUGGAUGAUGUGAACCCAGCAACCAUUGUGUUCAGCAUCUGUAUUUGGCUUUUUCUACAUUUUGCCAAGAGGCUGAAGUCCAUGGGCUCGUGGCUGAAGGUGGUCGCGGAAUUUAAAGAGGUUGUCUUGCUCGUGAUGUCGGCACUUAUUGCAAGCAGGAUUGCAGAGCCCUGCGGCAUCGCUGUCAUUGGCCAUGUUCCGGAGGGGUUCCCUGCGCUGGCGUGGCCGCUACAGACAAGUGACGAUUGGCAGCUUGCAAAAGAGCUCUUCCCCGGGGCCGUGAUGCUCGCCUUGGUGAACUUUCUUUCGUCUUUUGCAGCUGCGAGGAAGUUUGCGAUGAAGGCAGGCUACCAAGUGGUGGCCGUUAAUGAGCUCCUCGCGCUCGGAGCAGCGAACGUGGGUGGUGCCAUGUGCGGGGCGGUCCCAACUCAAAUCGGCCUCAGCCGGAUGGGAAUUGCCAGUGCCAUCGGGGUGAGGAGCCAGCUAGGUGCAAACAUAUUCGUGGCCUGUGUGAUUGCGGUGAUCCUUCUACUUCUGAGUCCGUACAUCUACUAUGUGCCGAGGUGUGCGCUGAACAUCAUCAUCAUCUUGGGAGCGUCCUCGCUCACAGAGUUCAACCAUGCUGCAUGGCUGUGGUCUUUGCGGUCAACGCGCACACGCCAACGAACCUAUGUCGUGGACUAUGCAGUUUGGUGGGUGGCCUUUCUCUUCACGCUCUACCUAGGAGCCCUAAAAGGUAUCCUCGGUGCCGUGGUCGUGUCUUUGGUGUUGAUUGUGUACCAGGUGGCCGACCCACCCAUUACAACACUGGGCUACUGCGAAGGUCGCGGGCGGUGGUUGAAUGUCAAGGAGAGGAAAGACACCACACAACGACCGGGGAUUCUUUCGUUCCGUCCGGAGGGCCCGCUCUUCUACGCCAACGUUGAGCGCAUGGAGGAGUGGCUCGACGAAAUGGAGAUUUCUGCCAGUGCUGAAGGAAGGCCGCUGAAAUCCAUCAUCCUUUCGGCGGCGUCCCUGUCUUUCAUUGACACCUCUGCAGUUGAAGCCCUCGGGAUGAUGCUUGAGGCAUAUCGCAAGCGGAAGAUAGCGUUCUUGAUCGCUCACGCCUCUGGCCAGCCGCGGCAGAUACUGCUGCACGUUCUAGGCGAUUACAUGCCGGAGGGUUGCCUCACCACGCCUUGGACGGUGGAGGAAUGUGUGCAGUUUCUUUUGCGGCAGAAUGAAGAGAACCUUCAGGUGCUCGAUGAAUCGUUGGGCUCCUCACCGGCGCUGUCUGCCAUGCUCUCUCCACAGGUCCGAAGCAUUCCUCGUGUGACGUCCAUCCCGCAGCAGCUCGCAGUGGACGAAGAGGAACUUGAUGAACAUGAAGAUGGUAAGCGCUUGCAAAUUCGGCCGCUUCGCGCCUCCGCGGUCUUUGCCUCCAGCAUCUCGCCUGUGUCGGGCGGCAACAUGCCGCGGGUAGGCCAUGGGCCUGCAACAGAGGAGCGGCGCCUCAACAGCGGGCUCCAGACAUUGCCUUCAGGCAUCAAUGCUUUCCCCGUUGCAAGACACAGCCCAUUCCAUCGAAGCAUAAAUCAAAAGAUGCCGGAGCUAUGGUCAGACUUCUCGGAAAGGGGAUUGCCGCAUGGCCGUGCUGGGAGCCACGAGCGGAUAGACAACUACCAUGGAGACCCGGAGUUGUCAAAUCGCGAAGCUCCAGUUUCAGCACGACCCGGGCAAGUGGUGUUCGUCGGGCUCGCAGAAUUCGACAUGGACGGCAGGGCAUUCACUGGCGGGGAGAUGGACCGCAUGAUGAUGAUCGCUGCUUCACAAAAGUACCCUUGCUCACGUCCGGCGACUUUUGACGAGUAUGCUGAGAAGUGUAUUCUCGGCCUUCCCCAGAGAAACACGAGCGGCCGUGAUGUGGUUUUCGUCGGGCCUGGAGCCACUGGCUGCGAGUUGUUCCAUACCAACACCCUAGGAGUGCAGAAAGCCGUUGUUCCGCCUGGCGACACGUUCGAUGGAACGUGGGGAGCUGCUUCGCUCUACGGGCGGAAGUGCAUUCUCUGUGUCUACCCUCUCCAGCGUCUGAAGAAGCAGCAGAGUCUGGUGCAGUUCGGCCUUGCACGCAGUACCGUUGGCAGGUCUGGGCGGCUCCGCCGGGCAGGCAGCCUGGCCUCGCUGUCGGACACCACCCAGUGGACAACCAGCAACUUCGGUGCCUCCAACCAGGCACAAACUACUCAGCGAAUGGAUCAGUUCUUCCGCUGA